UGCCGGUCUCACCGGCUCACACCCGCGGACGAUGAGCUCUACCAGCGGACGCGGGUGACGGUGCUGGAGCCGGAGUCCCCCAACACCAUGUUCAUCGAGGGCUACACCAACCGCGGCUUCACCAUCAGCGGGGACCUGGUGGUGGGGCCCUGCGCCAUCCUGCCCCGCGCCAUCCUCCAGUGGAACGUUGGCUCCUACAGGGACAUCUCCCAUGAGAGUCUGUCGCUAUUCCGGCUGCUGGAGCCCCAUAUAGAGAUCCUGGUGCUGGGCACGGGAGACAGGGUGGGGGGGGAGCGCCUCCCCCCCGCCGUGCUGAAGCAGAUGCGGGCGUGCGGGAUCGCUGUGGAGGUGCAGGACACGCCGAACGCCUGCGCAACCUUCAACUUCCUAACAAGUGAAAAGCGUGUGGCAGCCGCUGGCCUCAUCCCUCCGCGGGGCACCUACAUGGGGAUAUAG